AUGUCAUACCCACCACUCUCGCCUAGCGGCCUGCCCAGCUCCCCACGAGCAAACCGCCAAAUGCAAAUGCUUUCUCCGCUCGACACAUCCUUCUCGGCCAACUCAUCACAAACAAACUCGCCUUACUCCAGCACAUCGGAAAAGGACUCGCGUAAACCUCGCGACAUCUUCGCCGACGCUACCAUCCCUCUCAGCCCGGCAUCAACAACAGCCUCGCACUCCAAAGAGAACCCCUACGAGGGACUUGAACCACGGAAGCGCAGCGGCCUCGCACGCCUAUUCUGCUGUCUCGGCCGCGAAGAACGCGCUCGGCGUCGCGUGAACAGGAGCUUGGAGUUUGAGAAGGUCGGCGAGCAGUGCCAUUGGUCUGAGUACUAAGAGAUGGCAUCCUCGAUCACACAAUCGGUGGACAUUCAUGUGGUCGUGUCGUGCAAAGCCCGAUCGGACACCGAUUCGCGACUUGAAACGCGACAGCACGGAAGACCACCCCACCGAAUCGUCAAACAUCUGACAGCCCCGGACACACACACACACCGAACGAACAAUCCCCCGGUCGGUGUCCGAAAGUCCGUACUUUCCUGCGAUGCGUUGCGAAAGUCUAAUCGCAUUGCUCAAACACCUUUUCGAUACAACAUGUCGAAUCUUAUACCCCCUCGUCACUGCGACGUUUCUUAUGUUUAUAUUUACAACAACACAUCUUCUCGGACUGGAGUCUUUCCGGUUUCCUUUGGCUGGGGCAAUGCUGUUGCCUGGAUAGAUCGAGCAAUUGCAGGGUUUCUUUACUUUGGAAGCGUUGGUGUUGGGGCUGUUCUGCUUUACAUGGCUCUCAUGAAGAGAGAUCAUAGUUUGCUCGAGAUAUGGAGAGAGUGUGAUAUCGUCCAAGAGGGAAAAAAGGAAAUACAAUACAAUACAACAUCCUCAUCACACUAUGUCUGCAAUCACACCCCUUGUGUAGUUUAUCCUACGCCCACUUCUCGCUUUUCCCCAACAACCUCAUCCCUCAGGCUGCAAUGUUUCUUUAAAGCUAACAGGCACACACGUCGACGUAAGCAGGUACACCUCAGAGCCAUGCCUCUCCCGUCCACCCACCACAACCCGCAUCACCUCCGCCCAAUCACUCAAACGCCAACAUGGAAAACUUCACUUCCACUUAGGACAACGCGGGAAAAUGGGUUCAUCAUGUUGUGCGAACAAAGUAGCAGGGACAUCAUCAAUACAAUUACUUGAAUGAAAAAUCGUAUUCGGGGACCCCUACGAACCUACCUACUCCGGGCUCACGUCUACGACUCCCCGGUCCAGAAUAUGCUAGAAGUCAACUUCGGAUACGUUUCGUCUGUGACGGGGUAGGC